UUUUUUUUUGUAUCUUUAUCAUGACUUUCAAAACCACUUUAGAAUCAAGCGCAUUUGUUUUUGAUCUUGAUGGUACUCUUAUAGAUACGACACCUCAAGUCAUCAAAUUUUGGACGGAUUUAGCUGUCAAAUAUAACAUUGAACCUGCUCAGAUCCUCGCUACAUCUCACGGACGUCGAACCAUUGAGACAUUAGAGCGUUGGAUACCUGAACUAGCCACUCCUGAGCAUGUGAAUGAAUUGGAAGGCAAACUGGCCAUGGAAAAAGAAGGCGUUACUAUCUUGCCCGGUGUACUUGAUUUGUUAAACAGCAUCGAUUUUCAAGAUUGGACAAUCAAUACUGCCGGUACUCAACUCAUGGCAGCGACCCGUUUGUCUCAAUUUGGUAUCCAAGUUCCUAAAGAAAUGGCUACCGGUGAUAAGCUGAAAUUUGGCAAGCCUCAUCCUGAAGGUUAUUUGUUGGCAGCCAAGAUGCUCAAAAGAGAUCCAAAGGACUGUAUCGUUUUUGAAGAUGCACCAGCUGGCGUUGAAGCGGCUAUUGCGGCUGGUAUGCAAUGCAUUGCUUGUACUACAACACACACUGUUGAGCAAUUAGAAAAGGCAGGUGCAACUGUGAUUGUGGAACGAUUGAAUAGUGUCUCUAUCCAAAAGCAAGUGGAUGGCUCAUACAAGACAUUUAUCUAAUAAAUAGAAUGGUGUGACAAUGACAACAUGGCGCUCUUCAAUAUAGACAGACAUCAUCUUUAUAUAAAUGACCAAGGUGGUACUCGUGUAAUCAUGGCUUGACAAAUGUAAAAAUAGAAUGAAGAUAAUUCAAGAAUGAACCAGGGAGGUUUCUUUCAUUAAACAGAGAAGUGGACCAUCUUGUAAUAAACUACAUGGAUAUAGCUUACGUAAAAUAACAAUAGAUCAAAAGUGAUGUCUAUACAAAAAGCUAAAAAAAUGGGAUUUGUUUUCUUGAAUGCGUUUGUUUACGUAUUUUGUACUUCAAUGCGCAGUUCUUUAUUGUUG